UUUAUUAGCAUCAUGUCGUCGAACGGUAACAACCAUCUCCAGUCCGCGAUGGAUAGUAAUGAUGAUGGUAUAGAAGACAUGGAUUUUUCACAUGGAGACCAUUUUGAGGAAGAAGAUUUGGCCAUGGGAGCAUCCUCAAAGGAUUCAGGAUUUGACUCUGUGAUUGGUCACAUUGAAGACAUAAUAAUGGAAGAAUCAUUUCAAAGCACACAGAAUGGAUUUCUGGAAAAGUACUACACAGAGUUUGAGGACACAGAAGAGAACAAAUUUUGCUACACAGACAUACAUAAAGAAUAUAUAUCUUUAAUAGAAACGUACUUGGAUUCAGAGCUCAAGAAAAGAAUACCAGACUUCUCAAUGCCAGAAUUUUCAAAACAGCUUCAAGAAAGGCGAAAAGAACUGGAAGGAGAAAUAUUUGAGAUUCUUUUGACAUUCAGUGACUUCAUGGCUUUCAAAGAGAUGCUCUUGGACUAUAAAGCUGACAAGGAAGGAAAGACCAUUGACCUCAGUGGGGGACUUACUGUCAUGCCGGUGCAAGAGAAAUUGAGCUUGGACGGCGAUUCCCCAUUUUGUGUCUCGGGAAAGUCGCUGCAUGGACCAUAGCAGUGUUGUGGUGUUUGUUAUAGGUUGAAAAA